GUUUGAAUGUAUCACCAGAGAAUUAAUAAUAUUCGAAGGCAUUUUGCUGUGAGAAGAUCCAUAUGAUGAGGCUGGAUAUCCUGAGUUUAUCUUGACCAAAUUUAAUAAGUUUGCAUAUUUGUAGCAUUCUAACUUAUAGGGAUAAUGUCUGCUUUAAAAUUAGAAGAUCCCACGGUAGAUGUCGGUGAUAUAGAAAAAUACCGUAUGGCUUUUUUAAUGCAGUUUUUUGUACAACACAAACGAAGAUUUCGAUUUCCACGUCUUCGCCUACAGGACCUGUAUCAAAAAGUUUUAAAAGAUCCAGAUCCUGUAGCAUUUUGUGAUCUUGCUGCUCGUAUACUUCGGUUUUUAAAUCAUGACGAUCCGGAUAUUUGUAUGGCAACUAUUGAUCAAGCACUUGAUCGUUUCGCAAUCGAUAAGCGUACUUCAUAUAGAAUUAAUAUGCAACGUCAUCGUAACGGGAAAUUGGUGCAUCAGUUGGGACCGGCUGCUAGAGCUGCAUUAUUGGAUAAUUUAAUUGAAUCAGUUUAUGAUGAACAGCCGGAUUUCAACUUUACAACAUGUUUCAAUAGUUCCAUAUCUACAAAUAGUGUUGGUGGUGGUGGUGUUGUACGUGGUGGUGCUAAUGGUUCCGGAUCAACUGGUCUUGACCGAAUCGAUGCUCAUGAUUUAUUUGGUUCUGGAGAUUUAGGAUCGAGUGAUGGAUGUAAUGUUUUCGCUGAAACAGAAGAUGUCAAUGUACUUAUUAAAGCUGGCCAGGAUGCUCAAGGAUGUAGUUACUAUUAUAUGGAUGAUUUACGUCUUUAUCGUGAACGUCCUCAAAAUGGUAUCUCAUCACAAUGGGAUGUUGUUGUUGGUCCAACAGCUGAUCAAUGGUUAACAUUUAUUAUGUCAUUAAGUCGUAAUGAAAAGGAAUAUGAUUUAUACUGUUUUUUAAAACAAGAUUUGUUUGAAUUAGUUAAAGAAAGUUUAGAUGCAUUAGAAUUGCACACACCAAAUAGUGAAUUGGAUUCAAGUUAUUUACGUACAAAAGAAUUGAAUGAAUUAACUGAAUUAAAACGACGUCAACUAGGUGUAAAUCAUAAAUCAUUAGUUGAAAAUGAUAAAUUAUCAUUGAAUAGUAAUAAUCAUCAUCAUCAUAAUGCAGUGAAUCAUCUUAGUGUGAAUGGUCCAAAAAGUGCAUCACCUGCAUUUUCUGGCGGUCAUGGUAUCAGUGGAAUUGGAAGUUCCGGUAGUUCUACAUCUGGUGCACCACUUACGCCUAGUUCAGCUCGUACACCAACAUCUGCACCACCCGCAUCAAGCAUACAACAACAAUUAUCAUUACCGCCUCCUUCUUCAGAUUGUUUAGAAACUUUACAAACAUCAGUGAAAACAGAGUCUUCUUCCGGUACAAAUCUAACAAAAAUGCGAUCAUUAUCUGGUCAAUCACCUUGUGAUCCAGAUUUAAUGCAUUUCCCAAAAUCUGAAGUUAAUGCUUCACUUGAAUAUACCAACAUAUCAUCAUCAUCUGGAUCAAUUGUCAGUUGUAAUCAUCAUGAUUCUUUUAUGAAUAAUACUUCUUCAUCUACAAAUCAAUACAACUUGUCUUCACCAUCGCCUGUGGUUGGUACCGCCACAAAAUCUGGGUAUACAUCGUUAACUGGUGGCAGUAUCAAUAACAAUAUAUCGAAUAAUAAUGAAACAAUAAGAAAUUCAGAUGGUGUUGUUGAUCAAUCUAUUGUACCAAUGCAAAAUAAUAGUAGUUCAGUGGUUUGUGAAUCUAUCACAUCAUUGACUGGUACUAACACUAUGUUUACUACAACUUCUGCUGCUAUAUGUACAACGACAACCAUGAGUACUACAUCUAUUACUGCUACUACGACAAAUAAUAAUAGUAAUUAUACUUCCACUGUUAGUGGUAUUCAGUUAUUUCCUUCCUCUCCUAAUAUAUCUACUAAUACAACUGCUACACCUGGUGUUGUAGUCAGUGAACCAUUAGCAUCUUGGAGUUCACCCGGUCUUCCUAAUUCCAAUUCAAAUAUGACAUCAUCAUCUCCAUCAUUCCAUCGUGAUCGCAAGUUACCAACAAGCAAUGAUACAAUUGCCAUUUCAACACAACCACAAUCAUCUCAAGUACAACAACGAUCAAAUAAUGGAACAAUUGAUGAAAGAAACUAUCGAUCAUAUCCUUCAUCUACUCAACAAAUAUCACAAAAUCAAAUUACUGGAAAUGGCACCUCAAAACAAGCAUAUCCCUUUGACUCAUAUAUGACGAUGAAAGGAUCUCCAGUUGAAAUUAUCGAUCCGAUUAAUAUAAAACAAUCCACUAAUUCAUCUUAUUUUCGACAUAUGUGUACAGGACAUCAAGAUAUUAAUUCAUGCAGUGGAUUAGAACAUUCUUCUGUCUUAUCAUCUAAUUCAAAUUCAAAACAAUGUAUUGGUCCAACUACUGCUUUAGUUUCACCGAUAAUUGGUAUUCCAGAUAGUGGUUGUAUGCCUUUAACUCAAGAACAAUGGGAGAAUCGUAAGAGUAAAAUAGCACAAUUAGAAAAAAUUCAUUCAACAUUGAGUAAAAGUAAAAGUGCUUCAACACCAGGUGCUAUAACUGCAGCAACAGCUGGUGCUGUCUUACAACAACGUUUAAUGCGUAAUUCUAUUUCAAUGCAGCCACAACAGCCAUCCCAUCAUCAUCAUCAUCACCACCACCAACAACAGCUGGAACAACAGUCGUUAGGGUUAGGGAAUCCUUCAGCACAACUACCACCUUCCGCUAUUAACAAUUCAUUACAAUAUUCUGAAGCUGUUGGACAACGUCCGGUAGAUUUCGAAAACUAUGGGGUAUUUCGUCAGAGCGGUUUAGUUGGAGGACCAUAUGUUAAUAAUGAGUCAGCUCAACAAGAAUGGGAUAGAUUAUGUUCUGAUUAUCAGCGUGGAAAAAGUGAUCCAUCGAUGAUGCGUUAUUCUGGACCUAGACAGAUGGGAUUUUUUGAUAUGUCCAACUGUCCAGUUCCUCCUCAUGAAGUUAAUCUGUCAUCUCAGUGCCCUGUUCCACCUAUGGCUACUGGAACUAUGAUGAUGCCUUCAGAACAAGUAAUGAUGACUGACCAACAAACCUGCCAACCGACUUACCAAAGUGGCCCUCCAGUUGUAAUGGUUCCACCAAAUAAUUCAAAUAUAUGUUCUGGAAAUCCUGGUUAUCCGUCCUCUGACUCAUUGACACUACCGACAGAAUCUUGUCGGACACUAGGUCCUAUCGGUGCAGCCGGUCCGGAGUCAAUAACUCCCGGUGUAGUCCCAACUACUGGGCAAAAACGUCCUUACCAUUCUGCUACAAAUAGUGAUAUUUGGUUAUCACCCAACUCAAUUCCUCUUUCUAUGUCUCCUAUUCAAAAUAACGAAAACCCUGCUCUCGUUGGUCACAUUGAACCGGGUUCGAUGCCAUCUGUUUGUCGUGCUGGUCAAUCAUUAAAUGUUAUUCAGUCUCCUGUUGUUGGUUCUAUUCCUCCUACAUGUGUACCUAUCACUAAUACUAACCAAUCAGUUGGUGGGCGUGGUUCUGGCGUCGCAAAGCCAGGGACAAAAAAACGUAAAGCUGGUGCUGCAUCCGGUAGAUCUAGUGUUAUUACCAAUACUGGUAAUUAUACACAGUCUUUAUCAUCCACACAUCAACAGUCAUCACCUACCAAUCAAAAUGUUCACUGUGUUAAACAACCAAUUCCUAAUUGCGUUACAACUCCGAGUAAAUCAAUGAAUCCUUCCUAUAUUGGAGAUGAGUUACAAAUGAAUCACUUCCCACGUUCUACACCUGGUCAUCCACGUCCUAUGCAUCAGGCACCAACAACAGGUGGUGGUCGAUCACAAUUUCAACCUAGUGAUCCUUGUAUGAUGCAUUAUUCAGACAUAAUAUGUGGACCGAAUUCCGGACAAAUUCCAAUUGAACAACAAUCUGGGAAUAUGGAAAUGAUGUUGUUAGUUAAUUCUCGUCAUUCUGGUACACCAAAAAGUAGUGGUGAACCAUUUCCUAGUGGUACUGUCAGUCCAAGUGUAUCCUGUUCCAUCUCAAAUCUUGGAAGUCGUACAGGUUUGAAUUGCAAUACAAAUUAUGGUCCAAUUAGUAAUUAUGGGAACAGUGCUAAUACGAAUAAACCGAUGAAUCAUCCAUAUUUCAAUUCAUCCGAUAUGAUGGGACCAAAUCCAGAUUCUAUUACUAUGAGGACAACUCCUAGUAGUACUCCAUGCACACAGCAUUUAACUUCUGCUAGUUUAGCUAGUUUAGCACGAUUAUCUCAAAUGUCUGGACCUGAAGGUCCGUACAUUCCAUCGUGUUCAGCCUCAUUUUAUAAUCCAACCAUUGGGAAUAGUCUUGGAUCAAUGCCUGGUCAUGCCGUUCACUCAAAUCGUAGUGGAUCUUUACCUUCCUUUCAUCUAGAUGGAAGUCCCGUUAUACCAACGCCACCUCAAGGAGCACAUCAUAUUAUAUCUCAAGGUGCACGCAAUCAUAACUCAAGUCCUGGAAAUUGUGGCUCGAAAUCACAUUUAUGCAAUCCUAACCAAUCAUUAUCAUCGAAUAUGACUCCUAAUAAUUGUAAUUUACCUCAUUCUUUAUCAUCCCAAACUAUUCCAAUAAAUUCUAAAUUUAAUUCCCAAGGCUAUCCCCAUACAAAUCCACAGCUUCAACCAACAAUACAACAACCACCACAAAAUCCUAUGGGCACUGUCACUAAUUGUGGUUCUUCACUUCCUUCUCCAGUUCCCAAUUUACCAACACCAUCUCAGCAGCAGCCUCCUUCGAUUCAAGUGAAUAAUACAUUUUUUAAUGCACAAUUAAAUGUACAACAAAUGAAUUAUCAACAUGUUAGUGCACCUGGAUCAACUGGUCAAAUGCAAAUACAUUUUGCACAACAACAACCAUCAACAACACAACAUCCAAUUCCACCACCAUCAUCAUCUCAUGAACAUUUACGUUCAGUUCGACAAUCAGAUAACAAUAAUAAUAAUAAUAGUAGUACAAUUCGUAUGACAAAUUCAUCAAAUGAAUAUAAUUCAAACAAUCAUCCAUUGUUAUACAAUACUGAUGGAGUUAAUCAUCAUUCUCAUCAUCAACGUAUUGUUGAUUGUCCGUCAAAAUCUGAAAUUCCUGCAGUUAUUCCGUCUAGUUCAGUAAUUACUUCAUCUGUUGUUUGUACACCUUUAGGAUCUUCAGUUGUUGGCGGAGGUAAUACUGGUUAUGGUAAUGCAAGUAUUCAAAUUACUCCUAGAACACCACAUACAAUUCAAUAUCUUCCAACUGUUGCUCCUCAAGUUUCUAACAAUCAAGGACCUUCAGGUAUAUUACCUGGGCCAAAUCAAAUGCAAAGGUCUAAUUCUGUACGUAGUUAUCAAUAUAUGCCAUCUGAUAUAGAUAGCAAUAAUAAUAACACCUCACAUGUUACAGAUAACUCUAUUCGUCAUCCUACCUUUCAGUCAAAUCAUCAAUCCUAUGCUACUAAUCAAAAUAUUCCUGGACAAUUUUAUAAUUCAAAUCAACACCAUUAUUCAUCAUCCUCACAAUCGGUUAUUCCACAAAAUUAUCCACCUAAUCUUCAAGGUCAAGGUAAGCAUUCUCAAAUUACUGGUCAAUUUACUACUGGGGGAAGGCAUAAUAUUAAUAACAGUAAUAACAAUAAUAAUAAUAAUAAUUCAACAUUUGGAUGGAGUGAUACAAGUUUCGAGUCAAAUCCAUUAGGUCCAAAUUCAUUGACAGCAUCGUCAACUAACGAAACCAGUUUAAAUAGUUUUAAAUCUUCAAAUUGUAAUCAUCAAAGUCAACCCAUUGAUAAUCGUUUGGGUAGAAAUAUUAAUCACCCAGUAUUACGUGAUGCUCAAAUGAAUUAUUCAGCUUGUAGCAAUAAUAAUAGUAAUAAUAACAGUGAUACAUUAUCAACAUCUAUGUCUACCAAGAUGGAUCCAUCCACUGAUAUCAUAUCUCAUCAAAUGUUCGCAAAUUCAUCCGAUAUGCCAUCAGUACAACAACGUGUUCAUGUGAAUCAGCACUCACAACAAUAUCUCCGUCAAUCGACUGUCAACGAUGGUGCUAAACCUCAAUCCUACUCCUCAUCAUCUACACAACAACCACAACAUCAUCAAACAAGUCAAAUUCAUCAACAGUAUUAUCAUCAUCAUCAACAACAAAAUCAUCAAAUGAUGAUGUCUUCAUCGUCCAUGUGUGAUUAUUCCGGUAGUAAUAAUAGUGAUUGGAGUUCUACGAAUCAAGUACAGUUUUUAAUGUCGAAUUCUACGGUGAAUUCUACAAUGUAUAGUAGUCAUAGUAAUAAUAUUGUAGAUAAUAUAUCUGUUAGUGGUGCUGUUGGUAGUAUGAUGGAAAAUUCUACAAAUAUAGGACAUACUACUAAUGCUAAUAGUAAUAGUAGUAGCGCAACACCUACCACUAAUAAUAGUAAUCAUAAACGUCCAUCGGUGGUAAAUCCUAUGAAUGGAGAGAUGAAACAUAAUAUUUCAUUGAAUUCCCAUUCACAACAUCAUGCCUUGCCGCCUCAUCCACAGCAAUCUCAACAAAUGAUGAUGGCCAACAAUAAUAAUAAUAGAUCAAACUGGUAUCCUCAUCAAUCGAUUGGCAAUCAAAUGACGUUCACUUCAAUGUCAUCAUCAUCAGCAUCAACAAAUGCAAGUCGAGAAAUGUAUUCCAGUCAAAUGCAUAAUACUAAUAAUGCUAACUUUUCAUUAAACCCAUUACCACCGGUUACUGGUGGUGGUCAUCCAUCGGAUACAUCAUUAGGAACAAUUGGUAUGGUGGAUAAUACAAAUAAUGUUAAUAAUAAUAAUGGAAAUAGAAGUAUACUUAGACAAUCACAAGAUCCUUAUGAUAAUUCAUUACCUAUAUCUUCUAUAUCAUCAUCAUCAUCAACAUCUUCAGCACAGCCUUAUUCAUCAUCAGUUGUUUGAAGAUAAAGGAAAAAACAAACAAUUAUUAUUGAUCACUUAAUUUGAAGAAUCAUACAUUAAGAUGAAGACUUCUACUAGAAUAACAAUAAUGAUGAAUUUUGGAUCUCAUUCUUUUCUUUAAUCAAAAAUACAUCUAUCUAUCUAUCUCUCUAUAUAUAUGUGCAUAUUGUCUCAUAAUGAAUAAUAAUGCUAUCAACAAACUGUAUUUGAUUUGUUUCUUUUCUUUUUCUAAAACAAACAAAAUCAACUUAUAAUUGAGAAGUAGUUGAUUGGUGUAUUCUCCAUUCUCCUAGCUUCGUUACUCUCUCUCUCUCUCUUUCUUUCUUUCUUUCUUUCUUUCUUUCUUUCUUUCUUUCUUUCUUUCUCUUUCUCUCUCUGUGUUCUAUCAUGGUCAUGAUCUCUCUCACUCUCUCUUGAUUGUUCGUUUGUAGUUUCUUCUUCUUUGUAUAUAUAUAUCCAUUUUUAACUGAUAUUGAUCAUGAAUAAGAUACAUUUAUGAUUAAAUAGUAACACAACUCAUUUGUAUUUAAUACAUACAAUAUGUUUUAAUUAAUAAUAAUAAUAAUUAUUAUUAUUAUUCAUAUAAUUCUUUAUUAUGAUGAAUGAUGAGUUUUCAUUCCUUAGUCUCUAUCCGUUUUUAUACUUUAACAUGAACUCCUUAUUUCAUUUAUGUAUACCUUUAUUUUUAUUUCUUGACUUUAAAUUUUAGUCUUACUCCUAUUUCAUUGUUAUUAUCAUCAUUAUCAUUGUGUUUGUACUUUGUUUCCUAUACAAAAUAAUCGUUAUGCUUUUUUUUAAUGGGAGGGUGGAGGGUGUAUAGGAUGAAGCGAUUUCUCAUAUUGAUUUGUUUUGUUUACUUUACUUGGCACUCUGUUCAAUAUUGUUGUCUACGAUUAUUACUUUCCUUAUUGAUAUCGGUUAAUGAUUAUAUUAAUGAGAAGAAUGUAAAAUUCUUAUAGUAUUUGUUAAUUAUACAUGUAUAUCAUCCCUCGCUCAGUUUAUUACCAACUACCACAUUGUUACUCUUUUCUCGUUUUCUCUCUCUCUCUCUCUUUUUUUUCGUAACUGCCCUAGUUACAAAAUAAACUGAUCUAAUUAAAAGAAGUAUUGUUUCUCUCCUAGUUCCAGUAUUCAUGUACGUGUAUAUGCGCGUAUGUGUUUGUUUGUUGACAAAAUGUUAUUUGCCUUCUAAAUUUAAUGAUUUCUAUUUGUUUAAUUUUUGUCUCAUUACCUUUAUAAGAAUACUAAGGUAGAAUGAAAUCACAUAUUCCUUACAUGUGUGUACAUGUUAAAACUAGGAUUAUUAUUAUUGGUAAUGUUGUCAUUGUUUUAUGCACAGUUACUGUAUAAUACUUAUGAUACACGUGUGUGCGUGUGUCUCUAUCUCUUUCCCUCUAUCCUUUUCUUUGAUACCCAAUUAUAUAUAUAUAUAUAUAUAUAUAUAUAUAUAUGGAUUUAUGAUUCAUUUAUUCUUUCUCCUAUUCUCCUCUCGCUUUUUUCUUUCUUUCUUGUAUUAUACUUUUAAUCUAUAUGUACUGUUGAUUAUGUAGAAAUGAGAACGUAUCGAAUUGAUCAUUAAUUGUUUAUUAAUUUCAUUUGUUUCAAUUCGAUUUAUAGAGAUAAAUCAAUAAUUGAAUGAAUGAAUGAAUUGAUUGAUUGAUUGAUUAUUGUUGAUUUCAUUUGUUUACAUAAUCAUUAUUUUAUCAUGUUUAGAGUUUGUUGUUUAGUUUACUAUCCAUGGAUACUUUUAAUUUGAAGACAUGCAAAUAUAUAUACAUACGUACACAUACAUACAUACAUACAUA